UCGUCGUCGUGCUCUCUCUUUUUUCAGGGUCUACAUGUUUUGGUAGCACUUCAGGCUAUCGACGGAUCGAGGCAUGCAUGGAUCCAUCAUGGAUGCGCGCGUGCGAGUGUGCGAGUGCCUGAGAGACAGAGAGUGUGUGUCUGCGAAUGUGCAUGUGUUUCUUUUCUCUGUAGCUUGCUUGCUUGCUUCAGUCAGUCUGCCUUGGUAAGCUGGGCUUGUCUUGCUCUUUCUACCUACCUACCUACCUACCUACCUACCUACAUCUUAUCCCAUCCCGUCUUGUCCUGUCCUACGUCUUCUGCCCCCUCCGUCCUCCAUCGUGCCCCCAUCUGACGUCGCUCGCACAGAACAGCAAAUAGUCCGUCAGAUUACGACGGCCCACCCGGAGCAGCGGCUGCGGCUCAUUACAGUGCAGUACCCACGACGACGGUGCCAGUCCUGGGCCCGCCAAAAAAAUACCCUGUCAACCCUCCUUGACCUCUCAUCUCUCUGCUCGCCUCCACUAGCCACAUCAACUCUGCUCUCCCCUUUUCCCACCGCCUCCACCUCGCACAUCUCCCCCAACACCUUUUUUUUAAAUAAAUACUACCCAACCUUGCCUGCCCUGGCUCCUGGAAGGCGAGGCCCUGCGACGAAUCCUGCUGCCGCCUCUGCUUUUUAGAUCCUCCGCCACGCCACGCCUUGGCACUCCCCAUGUACUAAAUCUCCCUGUACCUCACUCACGGCCGUUCUUUUUUUCCUCCUGAACCACUUCAGCUCCCUCCGCUCCCACCACCCACCAUGUACUCCGCAUACGACGCGCCCUCGUCGCGCUCGCCUGGCUCUCAUCGUCACCAACCACAGACUCUCCAUCGCCAGCCCUCCCGCCAGUUCGACGCCUACAGCCAGCUCCCUCAAGGCGGUCUUUACACGGCCGAUGACCACCAACGUGGCUACGACCAGCAGCAACAACCCCCGCAGCAACAGCAGCAGCAGCAGCAGCCGCGCAACUACGAACGUCUUAACCAGACUAUUCAUUCCGCCUACAACUAUGACAUGGGCUCUCAGGCCUGGAACUCGAAUGCCUUUGCCCAAAAUACCUUGGGCUCUCUGGGUGGUGCUGCUUCUCGCAUGAAACAGCAAGGUCGAGGUGGUGGCCGCAGCCAGCUACCUACAGGCUGGAUGGAGCCUACCCAACCGCAGAGUCUUCCCACCUUCGCUUUACCGGGUCUAGGCAAUGGCCACCACAACCCUCUCAUGGGUAACAAUAACAACGGAAACAACAUGCACCAGAAUCAGUUCUCGCACGAGGUGGAUGAGGAGCUGAUCCCGACAGCUAUCGUCAUCAAGAAUAUCCCUUUUGCGGUCAAGAAGGAGCAGUUGGUGCAACUGAUGACGGAUCUUCGGUUGCCUCUGCCUUAUGCCUUCAAUUACCACUUCGAUAACGGCGUCUUCCGCGGUCUCGCCUUUGCCAACUUCACUACAGCAGAAGAAACGGCCCAGGUCAUCAAGGCGAUGAACCAUUUUGAACUCCACGGUAGGAAGCUGAGGGUCGAGUACAAGAAGAUGCUACCUUUGGCUGAGCGGGAGCGGAUCGAACGCGAAAAGCGUGAACGUCGCGGACAGUUGGAAGAACAGCAUCGCCCCCUUCCAGGCAACCUUCAGACGCAGCCUUCGUACGGCUCUCUCGGCUCGCAUAUUCCUGCAACCUCCCCAUCUCCAGUCUCGGGGUUACGGGCUCAGAAGCCUGGUAUGUGGGGCGUUUCCGAAGCGGAACGGUCUCCCACCAACCCGCUUAUAGAGGUUGAUCUCAAUGAUCCUCAGGUUCUGCAGUUCUAUUCGCAGCUAUUGAUUUUCAAAGAGGCCCCUGAGCGUGAAUCCAUGACCUUCCCUUCAACUCUAUCACCCACUCAGAGACGCAUCGUGCACACUUUGUCGCAUCAACUGGGCCUUGCGCAUGUGUCCAAGGGUGACAGUGCUCAGCGGCAAUUGCAUGUGUUCAAGCUGCAUGAUACCCAAGGCUUGAGCCCACCCAUGCCGCAACUCUCGAAUCACGCUACCGAACAGCCUCGUCGCAAUCUCAACCGUGCCGCAACUACGGAUUUCAGCGACGUCCGCGCCUCUGAGGGAUUUUACAACGCGUUCGGACGCCAAAACUCGGGUUUGCUAGGUUUCCCUGAUUCGCCAGGUGGCAUGGCCGCGGCACCGAACUUGCGUGCUGCCAAGUCGUAUGCCGACCUACGUUCGUAUACGCCCUCACCAGCACCUUCCACUGCCAGCCAUCCCAUCGGCCGUCUGGGUGCGCCGACUAUUGAGGGGUUGUCCUUUCACGGGGGUACUUCAACCAAUCCAAAUGGCACCCCUACAACCAGCUCCAUGUCCCAGCGGGACGAGGGCCUGCUAGAGAGGGAACUCGGGCGCAUGCAGAUCGGAUCCAGCUUCGGUCAGGGCGGAAGUCCCCGCUCUCUGCGACAGAUGACUUCUUGGGACAAUCCCGGACCUGGACCUAUCGGGGGGCACCGUACUUUCACGGGCAACUACGAUGACCGCCCUUCGAGACAACCGCGUGGGCCUCUUCCUGAGCGCGGCACAGGUUUCAGUCGCCCCCGACAAAACGGUCACCAAGGCCGUGGCAGCGAUGAGCUGUCUACCAAGUCCAACGUGGAAAUUCUCGUUGGACAGUGA